GAAAAACCAAAAUCUAAAACCCGGGGGACUAGGUUUUAGAGGUUGCGCUUCACUACAGACCUAGACCUUUCCGCCGUCGACGCCGUCGCCUCCACUUACACGGUGAUCAUUGAGCUCCUCACCGUAGAUCAACAUUUAUACAACUUUUCUUCUUGACGGGUGUAGGGACAUAAUGGCUUUUUUACAUUAUGGAAAAAAUAUCAUGCGUCGGAGCUCGAUGCACCACCCGCUGCUAUAUGCCGUUCAAGGCGUUAGAUAUCGAAAGCUAGAAGUUAUCCUCACGACUACUAUUGAUAAGCUCGGAAAAGCUGGGGAAACUGUCAAGGUUGCACCAGGGUAUUUCCGGAAUCAUUUGAUGCCAAAGUUGCUCGCGGUGCCGAAUAUUGACAAGUUCGCGCAUCUAAUUCGCGAGCAGCGCAAGAUUUACCAGCCUAAGGAAGCUGAAGAGGUUAAAGUAGUGUCAAAGACGGAGGAAACCAACUUGAAAGAGUACAUAGCGGCAGCAAAUCGCCUUGCUAGUGCAAGACUGAAUAUAAAAAAGUUCAUCAUAGAAGGAAAGGGUAAUGAGUUGCGUCAUCCAGUGACAAAAGAAGAAAUUUUAGCUGAGGUUGCCAGGCAGCUCCAAGUGCACAUUGAACCUGAAAAUCUGCACUUACCGAUUCCCUUAUCAUCUUUGGGGGAGUACAAGGUGCCCCUCCGCCUGCCAAAGUCUAUACCUAAGCCAGCAGGAGAAGAGUGGAUUCUUGACAUCAAAAUAAGGAAAAGGUGAGGCACAAGGUGAUAGCACCUGCAGAGUGCUUCAUGAAAGAACUUUUGCUUCUGGCUGCAGAGAAUUGAAGCCAAGACAUUAAAUGAGUUGCCAUAAAUGGAUUAACCACUUAACAUCUCAUUUUCUCUCUUUCUGGACAUGCAAAUUCAUGUCUCUUUAACUGAGACUGCUGAUGUUGUUGUGGUGUAUCGCUAGUGAGAAGGCACACUUGUAGAUAUUGUGGUUACCUGCAGAAUCAGACUAGCAGUCCGACUUUUCAAUGAUAUAAAUGUGUCUUAGAUCAUGGGCCUUUCUUCAUUCUUGGAAUUUCAAUGAAUGUCUUACAUUUGCUGGCAGCAA